GAGGGGUUGGUAGUUUCAGAGGGGAAGGACAAGGGACGAUGUGGAGAUGGUGCUGCUGUGUUCUGGCAGCUUUGCUGUUGGCCGUCGGUGCAGGGACCUCACCUGAGGCUGUGAUUCUCGGUCACGUUAAAGUUCCUCUUUUGGAGCCUGUUUCUGUUGUUUUGGAGCCUAAUGAAUGUAAACGCGUUGUGGUUACAAACAUUAGUAGCCUGACUACCUUUGUGGUUGCUCAAGUGUACACUCACAUGCAGAAUGUGACAGUAUCUCUCUCUAAGUUCUUUCCUGCAGAUGCAUCGUACACAGGUUCUACUGCUGGUGUUGUGCUGAUGUUAAGCUCAGCAACAUUCUACAUUCAAGCUGGAGAAGAGCCGGUGUCAGCAGUCCUGCUUGCUUUGUCCUACGAUACUCUCGUUCCUGUACCCGGUGCCUGCAACACAGAGUUUGUCUUAGAAAAUGACCCGAAUUUGCACUUGGCCUACAACAGUUAUGAAACUUCUAUCAUGUUUGCACCAGCUAACUUGGGUAUAACCGGGCUGCUGCCACCUCCUGCUUGUGAUGUGAAGACAGAUGCUUCCACACGAUGGAGACUGACCUAUGACAUAUAUCAAUAUUUUCUACCCGAGAACGACCUCAGCGUGGAAAGUUUAUUCAAAGGACUGAGUCAAAUGUCAUCUGUUCAAAAGAUAGAACAAAAUGGAAUAAAGAUCACCACAGUAAGUUCAUUUGAGCAGACGAUAAUCCAUGGAAACUCAUAUAUUGGCACUGGAGUGAUCUACAAUGUCAUUGUCAGGGACCCUGUUUGGAGAACCUCUGCAUCUUAUAUCCCUGUGUCCACGUAUGCCUGCACUUUGUCCACUCCAGGAUAUUUCUGUGAGAAUUCAGAUAGAAAUUUAAUCUAUGUGCAGGUUCUAUGCACAGUACUUGGAAUCUAUGGCUUAAUACUCUGUUUUAUUGGACAUAGAAUCUUUGAAGCAGAAUUUCUUUUCUUUGGCUUUUUGGCCUUUGGAUUCAUCAGCUUUGUGUUGGCAACUCGAUUCUCUACAUUGGACUUCAUCAGGCGGUUUGAAAUUAUGGUUGCAGUAGGACUGCUGGGUGGUGUAGUAGUCACACUGAUUAGGUGGAUUUUCGGUGUUCCUGUGCCCUGUGUAACAUUUGUGGGAAUCGUGCUGGGAUUUCUGGUCGCGGCAAUCAUUUUCUUUACUCCAGUCGCAAAUUUUGCCAUAUUUCGCAAUGACAUCAACUUCUGGAUUAUAUUUGCCUGUGUGAUGCUGUUGGUGCCAACUGUUCUGAUUCUGCUUCCAAGGACAUUGAACAUCAUCAGCUGUACACUGGUUGGCUCUUAUGCUGUAAUUACUGCAGUUGGGUUAUAUGUCUACACCAGCCUGACAUUCAUAAUUCUCAAUAUCAUUAAAAGAGCAAUAUACCCAGAUUUUGCAAAAGUGGAGAGUGAUGCUCCUUUCCAGCAUACGGAUUAUAUUCUGACUGCUGUAUGGGCAGUGCUGUUUGUCAGUAGUACAGCAUUGCAGUUGAUUUUGGAAAGAAAUAGAUUACCUUUUCCACCCUGUCCAUAUGAUAACUGGAAGAGGAGGAGACAUGCAGCCUUUGGAGAACGAACACCUUUGUUAAGGCCACCUGAAAUAUGAUGAACACAACAGCAAAAUUCUGUAUAACUUGCUCAUUUCUGUGUUGUUUGGCCCAUAUGAUGUUAUGGAGUUCUACAUUAACUAGUUUUCCAAAUGUAGAAUUUGCAUUGUCUUGGGUCUUUCAGGUUUCACAUUGGGAUAUCCAUUGAAUUUGUUUUGGAGGAUCCUGAAAUAUAUUAAGUUUUGAACUUCAUUGAAUUGAAUAUUUGCCACUUGGGAGAAAAGGGAUAAUUUUUUUUUUGUUAGUUUUUACUAACUGCAAGCUUGAAAUGAAUGUGUUCUGUGUGCUUUGGUAAUACCUAUUUUACACUUUAGGAUAAUGCUACACUUAGUUGUAUUUCUGUCAGUACAACUUUCUUGCCCUUUGCACCUGAAUCGUACAGUUUCAAUCUCUUUUGUAAUACCUGAAUGUAGUUGUGAUGCAACUGUGAAAUACUGUUUCAUUUGAAUCUAAUGUUUCUGAUUUCAGUUUCUAACCACCUGCAAAAAUACCAUGUCUUUUUUUUUUAAUGGCCUGCCUUGCACAUAGGUAUUUACAAGUCACUUUUACUUCUGAGUCUACAGUCAGUGAACCAGUUGACUGGUUACAGGUUCAGUCUCUGCCUGGUGUUGAGUUAAAGACCAUGAAGAUUAUAAUGAAGGGAUUGAUGGGUUCAUCACCUUUUGGAUGAUAGCCAGGCGUAUUGUUUAUGCUUUCCAUCUUGAUAAUCUGGUAUUGUAGGAAUCUUUUAUCUGAUUGUUUAAAUUAAUGUGGUAUACAAUGCUUAGAGCAAGCAGGUACAAAUCAUUUCUGUCUCGAUUUUUCAAUCUAGACAGAAUGUGUACUCCUUUGCAAAAAAUGAAAGAUUAUGGCAAAAGUGUAAGAUUAUGGUUUAAUCUAAUAUAUAACGCAGUUCCACAUUGCUCUUAGUGCCAAUGGCCCAAACUUCCCAUGGGGUGUGACAGUCAUUACAGCAGCACGUUUUGGAGCUGUGUGUCUGGACUUCACCAUUUCUGUGCCAGAGUUAGAUAUAAGAAGGUUCCAACUCAAUUAAAUUUGAAUAGUUACCCAGCGAAGUUUGGAGGAAAUAAAAUAAUAAUCUGAGUAUUCAUCAAACUGAACCCCUGAUACCUUAGUUGGUACUAGGUGACCCUUCACCUAGACUGGAAGCUUGAAUGAAUAUAGUUUUGAGAAAUCCUAUCGGGUCUGACAGCAUUGUGGAGAGAUAAACAGAUGUUUUGGAACAACUAAGUUUCAGAAAAAUCACAACUAUAAAUGUACACCAUUAUCACAGAUCUGUUUCUUUUCAUAUUCUGUGUGGAACUGCAUUUGGCCUAAAGUAUCAAGAAGUAAUUUUGCUUCUAAAUCAUGUGCACUUUAAUAAAAUUUAAAGUUUC